AUGCGCCAGCAGCAAGGGGUCAGCUCGGGAGUCCUGCACCAACAGCAGCAGCAGAAUAGGAAGCAGUUUCAGCAGCAGCAGCAGCGACAGCAGCAAGAGCAACAGCAGCAGCAACAGCAGCAGCAACAGCAGCAGCAACAGCAGCGGCAGCAGCAGAGUGACUCCUUUACCUCUCGAAGUCGCAUUGAAGUUGUGAAAAGAUGUCUAGGCCUGAAACGCAUAUACACGCACUGCUGCUGCUGCUGCUGCUGCUGCUGCUGCUGCUGCUUGCUGCUGCUUGCUGCUGCUGCUUGCUGCUGCUUAGCGUUGCUGCUGCUACGGCCACUUCACUCAGCAGCAGGCCUCUCUAGAGCAGCAGCAGCAGCACAAACAGCAGCAACUCCUGGCGCUGCAGAAGUGGCAGCAACUCCAUCGCACCAGCAGCAGCCCCAGCAGCAGCAGCAACAGCACUAA